AUGAACGGCCAAGCAAUACCAGGCUAUUUCUGGGACGCAGAGAAGAAGAAAUACUUCAGGAUCCAGAACCAGACUGCAGCACAAGGCUCCAAUCUCAAAUACUCCUCGGAAAAUAUCAGGAAAACUGAGCGCAAAGAACGCAUCCAGAAUGUUGCCAUUGCGCGCUCGAAUAAGAUCCGGAAAGAGCGUGUUGUCAGGCGCAAUCCAAACACUUUCGCGCAGACCAAUCUGGAUAGAGAAGUAGGUCUUAGGCGAACUUCGCGCUAUCUGCAUGGCUUUUGGCCUGAUGCAUGCGCCGCUGGCAUCGAAAGUGAUGCACAAGAGGUGCUGGGUAGCCACCAUCCUUACAAUAUCCGAUUCUUUGAUAGGAAUCCGAACGAACACACAAUAUAUGCAGUUCAGAAAUCGAACAGCGUGUGCAUGCAGCAAGCUGACUUCCAUCAUGUUCGGGGAAAUCUCCGUACGCCGUCACCAAAAGCAACCUACACGCACGAUGCUUGGGCAGAGGUAACGAGAACAACGUCUACAGUCUCUUCAUUGUCCUUCCUUCCGCAGACUGGAGCCCUUGCAGUAACGACAUAUGGCUCAGAUCGACCUCCAGAAUUGUGGCUCAGCGAUCCAGGGCUCGAUGAUCCAUACGUGGGUCAAAAAUUUACACCAAAGGACUGUUCGGCGAUAUGGGGUGCUGCAGCCAGACCGUCAGCCUUCACGCCUUCACCAGGUGUCGCAAAUACCGUCGCAGCGACCUGGUCCGAGCAUCUUGCAGUCGCAGCUUCGAGUUCAAUGCUCCUCUUCGCCCGCUCACAAGCAGGAGCAUGGGACUCGCAAACUGCCGUGAAAUCACUCGACUCAGACGUGCUAGCAUUGGAAUGGAUAUCGUACACCACCGUCGCUCUCGGUUGCCGUAACGGAAAUAUCCGACUAUACGACACAAGAUCAGGUGGUUCAAGUCAUGUUCUCACCCAUCCAUCCCCCGUUUCAAAGCUCAAGCAUGCCGACGAUGAGACCAGAUUGAUCUGCUCGGGACUCCAAGACACGCUUUUUCUAUACGACAUCCGCGCACCCCGCUUAUCACGUAAUGCAUCACGAAAGACAUUCAACUACGAAAACCAUCACUACAACGAGGAAUAUUUUAGAUCUUUGUAUCCUACUCACCGCGAUGGACACAAGCGUCGUAAACUCAACCACAAGGCUUUUAAGAAUUGGUCGCAGCCUGUUUUGACCUUUGAACAUGCGAACCGAGACGAGCUGGAUCUUGAUAUCGACGUACAUCCCAGACUGGGUCUUCUAGCGGCCGCUCAAGAUAGAACGACGGGCACUGCGAUUCGAAUUAGCAAUAUUUGGACGGGCAAGACAGUCAAGGAGAUCAAGACUGAUCAUGCCACUAAGCAUGGCAAGAUGACGACACAUGAUCCGAUACGGUCGCUCAAGUUCAUUGAUCGUUAUGAUGAUGUGGAUGGCGGGGUCGAUCUAUGGUCUUGUUGGAACGGUGGUAUUGCGAAGUUCGGGUGGGGAGAUGGAUGA